GUACCCAGCUCCAGGACCAGGGGAUUGAUCCGACAGAGGUUCUGAUUCGCCUGAUGAGGAACAAGUCUUCAGGUCAGAGCCGUGGAUUCGCCUUCGUGGAGUUUAAUCACAUACAGGAGGCCUGCCGCUGGAUGGAGACCAAUCAGAGGGUUUUGUCUAUCCUAGGCCAGAGGGUGUCUAUGCACUACAGUGACCCUAAACCACGCGCCAACGAGGACUGGCUCUGUAACAAGUGUGGGGUUCAGAACUUCAAGAGGAGAGAGAAGUGCUUUAAAUGUGGUGUUCCUAAAUCAGAGGCAGAGCUGAAACUGCCCCAGCUGAGGGAGUUACCUCUGGGUGUGCAUCAGAAGGACGGCUUAUUGCCCCUCCCUGCUCUCUACCAGCCAGCUGCUACCACCUCUACUGCUGUCACCACUCCCAGGGUCGGGGGCAGGGCUGGGGCAGGUGGAGCUGACACACAGCAGGCUGAGGUGACCAAUGACACUCUGAUCCUGAGGAACCUGGGUCCCCAUACCUCCCUGGAGUCCAUCCUGUCCACUCUGGCUCCCUUCGCUACUCUGUCUCCUUCUAAUGUUCGACUGAUCAAAGAUAAGCAGACACAACUCAACCGGGGCUUCGCUUUCCUACAGCUGUCUACUAUAGUGGAAGCAUCUCAGCUUCUCCAGAUCCUCCAGGCCUUACAGCCAGCUCUCUCUAUAGAUGGGAAGGCCAUCGCCGUGGAGUUCGCCAAAGGAUCCAAACGUGAUGUGUUCCUGACAGAUGGCAGUAGAGUGAGUGCUGCUACAGUCGCCAGUACAGCCAUCGCUGCAGCACAGUGGGCCGUUACCCAGACGGCCCAGUCCCUGUCCUCUGCCUCCCAGCAGGGUGUGGAGGUGGGGUUGUACCACCAGGGGGCAGCAGUAACACUGGGAGUCUAUGGAGGCCAGGAGAACCACAACUACACAGUGAUGACAGAGGGCCCGGUCUACAAGGCCCAGGCAGGGGGAAUGGGUACAUCCCUACCCAGCCCAGGAGCAGGCCUGAUGGGGGCGUACACAGGAACAGCACCUGCAGCGAUCUGUUCUGAGGCUGUAGUUUCUGGAAUGGAUGGCGUGCAGCUCUCUCUCGGCCAAUCACACGCUCCACUCAUCACUACGGCAACCACACAGGCCAAUCAGCAUGUAGAGAUAGUGGGUAAGCCUCAACCUGCCACUCCCACCCACCCUGCCACCCCCGGCACCGCACACCAGUACCAACAAUACCCGGUCCCGGACGUGUCCACUUACCAAUACGAGGAGAGUUCUGGCUACUACUACGACCCUCUAACUGGACUCUACUACGACCCUAACUCACAGUACUACUAUAACGGGGUCACUCUGCAGUAUAUGUACUGGGACGGAGAGAAGAAAACCUACGUUCCAGCUCCUGCCCAAUCAACAGCUGAGGCUGCCGUUGCCCCCGGUGAUAACUCCACCCCCCCUGAUCCUCCCUCUGCUGCUCCUGGAGGCAAGGAGAAGAAGGACAAGCCCAAAAAUAAGACAGCCCAACAGAUAGCGAAGGACAUGGAGCGUUGGGCUAAGAGUCUGAACAGACAGAAGGAGAACGUUCGCUCUCUCUCCUCUUCCUCCUCUUCCUGCUCCACCACCCCUGUGACCUCUAUGGCUCCUCCCCCUGGUUACGCCCGGGUGCCUGGACACGGUCGCCUUGACGAUCGCCGAGAGUCCGCCAGUGCAGACGCCGGUUAUGCUGUCCUGGAGAAGAAGGGGGCGUUGUCUGAAAGACCUCAGAUCAUCCUGGACCAGCUCAGACACACAGACAGAGAGCGCUCUCCACCUCAGGUGCAGGGUUUGGUUCCGGCCUACAGCGGCGAGACGGACAGCGAGGGAGAGGAGGGAGGAGAGAAGGAUGAGAGGAUGACAGACUGGGCUAAGCUAGCCUGUCUGCUGUGUAGGAGACAGUUCCCCAGCAAGGAGGCUCUCAUACGACACCAACAGCUCUCGGAGCUACACAAGCAAAACCUGGAGCAGCGGAGGUCACAGCAAGAGGGGGGUAUAGGGGCGGUGGUGGGGGCGGAGGCGGGGGAGAGGAAAGACAAAGGAGGGCCGUCCACAGAGCCACCAGACCCCAAGAAGAGGAAAUACAGCCCCCUUGAUGGUACGGCUGGCAGUAGUCUAGGUGCCAGGAUGCUGCAGGGAGGGGUGAAGAAAGGACUGCUGCUACGUAACGUGCAAGUGGACUGACCCCUGACCUUUAAACCCCGACCUCUAACCUCUAACCCCAGACAUUCAACCAUCGCACAGGACUAGGCUCCCUGGGUACAGAUCUAGGAUCAGCUUCCCGUCCCCCAAUCCUAACCUUAACCCUUUACACUCAUACUCGUAUCCGGGUUGAAAAUGGCAGAUUUGGGCACCGAUAAAUACCUAAAUUGGAACGUAUAUGCUCAUCACAGCGAUGCAUGAGUUUUGACUGACAGACAGUCUGAACUUGAGCACCUCGCGCAACGUAAAGUUGCAACCCGUCCCUCCUCGCAACUUUUGCAAAUGUUUUGCUGUCUGAGUGAAGGGAAAAUGCAGUAAAUUAAGAGGACUAUAUGCAUUUUGUUGAGGAUUAUAAUAAAUAUCGCUCUGAUGUCAUACGUCGCCUGUGGGUACAGUUACCAGAUGACGUGUCGUCAUACCCUGGGUUGUUCUGAACAGAACGAGACUAUGUUUGAUGUAGU